UGCGGAGGUGAAGUGAGAGGUUACCGGGCCUCCGGGCGGAGAGGUCUUGGUGACUCUUGUUGCCCCUUCCCGCGACUGAACCUUGGGAGCCAUGGUGAACUCGGGCCUCUCCGGAGCCGCCGCCGCCGCUGCCGCCACCGCCGCAACGGUCUCUCAAGAGUGAGGGGCGCGGACGAGGUGAGCGAGGAGGCGGUGGCCGGGGCGGUGGGGACAGCAGCCACCAUGUCGGAUACGCGGCGGCGAGUGAAGGUCUACACCCUCAACGAAGACCGUCAGUGGGACGACCGAGGCACCGGGCAUGUCUCCUCCACUUAUGUGGAGGAACUCAAGGGGAUGUCGCUGCUGGUUCGGGCUGAAUCCGACGGAUCACUACUCUUGGAAUCAAAGAUAAAUCCAAACACUGCAUAUCAGAAACAACAGGAUACAUUAAUUGUUUGGUCGGAAGCUGAGAACUAUGAUCUGGCUCUAAGUUUUCAGGAAAAAGCUGGCUGCGAUGAGAUUUGGGAAAAAAUUUGUCAGGUUCAAGGUAAGGAUCCAUCAGUGGAAGUCACACAGGACCUCAUUGAUGAAUCAGAAGAAGAACGAUUUGAAGAAAUGCCUGAAACCAGUCAUCUAAUUGACCUGCCCACAUGUGAACUCAGUAAACUUGAAGAGAUUGCUGACUUAGUUACCUCAGUUCUCUCCUCACCUAUCCGUAGGGAAAAGCUGGCUCUGGCCUUAGAAAAUGAAGGCUAUAUUAAAAAACUACUGCAGCUGUUCCAAGCUUGUGAGAAUCUAGAAAACACUGAAGGCUUACACCAUUUGUAUGAAAUUAUUAGAGGAAUCUUAUUCCUAAAUAAGGCAACUUUGUUUGAAGUAAUGUUUUCUGAUGAGUGUAUCAUGGAUGUCGUGGGAUGCCUUGAAUAUGACCCUGCUUUGGCUCAGCCAAAAAGGCAUAGAGAAUUUUUGACCAAAACUGCAAAGUUUAAGGAAGUUAUACCAAUAACAGACUCUGAACUAAGGCAAAAAAUACAUCAGACUUACAGGGUACAGUACAUUCAGGACAUCAUUUUGCCUACACCAUCUGUUUUUGAAGAGAAUUUUCUUUCUACUCUUACGUCUUUUAUUUUCUUCAACAAAGUUGAGAUAGUCAGCAUGUUGCAGGAAGAUGAGAAGUUUUUGUCUGAAGUUUUUGCACAGUUAACGGAUGAGGCUACAGAUGAUGAUAAACGGCGUGAAUUGGUUAACUUUUUCAAGGAAUUUUGUGCAUUUUCUCAGACAUUACAACCUCAAAACAGGGAUGCAUUUUUCAAAACUUUGGCAAAGUUGGGAAUUCUUCCUGCUCUUGAAAUUGUAAUGGGCAUGGAUGAUUUGCAAGUCAGAUCAGCAGCUACAGAUAUAUUUUCUUAUCUAGUAGAGUUUAGCCCAUCCAUGGUCCGAGAAUUUGUAAUGCAAGAAGCCCAGCAGAGUGAUGAUGAUAUCCUUCUCAUUAAUGUAGUAAUUGAACAAAUGAUCUGUGAUACUGAUCCUGAGCUAGGGGGUGCUGUUCAGUUAAUGGGACUUCUUCGUACUCUAAUUGAUCCAGAGAACAUGCUGGCUACAACUAAUAAAACUGAAAAAAGUGAAUUUCUAAAUUUCUUCUACAACCAUUGUAUGCAUGUUCUCACAGCACCACUUUUGACCAAUACUUCAGAAGACAAGUGUGAAAAGGAUAAUAUAGUUGGAUCUAACAAAAACAGCACGAUUUGCCCUGAUAAUUAUCAAACAGCACAGCUGCUUGCCUUAAUUUUAGAACUACUCACAUUUUGUGUGGAACAUCACACAUAUCACAUAAAAAACUAUAUUAUGAACAAGGACUUGCUAAGAAGAGUCUUGGUCUUGAUGAAUUCAAAGCACACUUUCCUGGCCUUAUGUGCUCUUCGUUUUAUGAGGCGGAUAAUUGGCCUUAAAGAUGAAUUUUAUAAUCGUUACAUCACGAAGGGAAAUCUUUUUGAGCCAGUUAUAAAUGCUCUUCUGGAUAAUGGAACUCGGUACAAUCUGUUGAAUUCAGCUGUUAUUGAGUUAUUUGAAUUUAUAAGAGUGGAAGAUAUCAAGUCUCUUACUGCACAUAUAGUUGAAAACUUUUAUAAAGCACUUGAAUCAAUAGAAUAUGUUCAGACAUUCAAAGGAUUGAAGACUAAAUAUGAGCAAGAAAAAGACAGACAAAAUCAGAAACUGAACAGUGUACCAUCUAUAUUGCGUAGUAACAGAUUUCGCAGAGAUGCAAAAGCCUUGGAAGAGGAUGAAGAAAUGUGGUUUAAUGAAGAUGAAGAGGAGGAAGGAAAAGCAGUUGUGGCACCAGUAGAAAAAUCUAAGCCAGAAGAUGAUUUUCCAGAUACUUAUGAAAAAUUUAUGGAGACAAAAAAAGCAAAAGAAAGUGAAGACAAGGAAAACCUUCCCAAAAGGACAUCAUCAAGUGGCUUCAAAUUUACUUUCUCCCAUUCUGCCAGUGCUGCUGCUAAUGGAACAAACAGUAAAUCUGUAGUGGCUCAGACACCACCAGCAAGCUCUAAUGGAUCCUCUUCCAAAACUACAAACUUGGCCACAUCAGUAACAGCCACCAAGGGAAGUUUGGUUGGUUUAGUGGAUUACCCAGAUGAUGAAGAAGAUGAUGAAGAAGAAGAAACAUCUCCCAGGAAAAGACCUCGUCUUGGUUCAUAAAGUAUUUAAUGGGGACCCUCAAUGCGUGGUCUUACUAAGAUGCUGCAACUGUUCAAUGAGCUGAAAAUCUGAAUCAGAAAGCUUUCUCACUUGAACUUACAAAUAUACAAGGAGUAGCUAAAGAUACUCAGUAUAUCAGCUAGGAGAAUUUAGUUCUGUAAAAAACCAGGCUUCCCAGGAACUUGAUUGCUUGCUAGUAAUUAAGGAGUUUGCCUUUCAGGCUGUCAAAAAAAAAAAAAACAAAAAAAAAAGGUUAGUAACCAGAACCUGGGAGAUAGCUUCUUUCUGAGGAAACUUUCAGGUUUGGGGAUGGCUUGGGGAGGGAACAAGGUUGAUAAAAUUAUAUUAAAUGCAGGGUUGCUCCAGGGGGGUAUCCGAUCUAGAAAUGAUUACAAAACUUUAGUUACAAACCCAAUAACAUUACUUGUAUAAUGGUGCUGGCCAUGUUGUUCUUUUAAUCAGUUGCCUCUUUUUAAAAAAAAAUUUUUAUGAAAACCAAAUUCACCUAUCAUAAAAAUGAAGUUAUGCUGUUGGGACCAUUUUUUGAAGAUUUAACAAAUUCAGCCUUAUAGGUAUUUGAAGGGAAGUAUACUCUGUGUUACAGUACAUGUUGAUUUUUCUACACCAGGAAUUUUCAGUGUGUAUUUUGAGGAAAACAAACAAGCUGGAUUCAAAAUGGACAGUCUUGUUAAUAUAACUUUACAGCACUUUUAGAGAUAACUGAUGCCAAGAAUCAGUACAGUAGUAUUUCAAAAUGAUCUUCUCUAGAAACUUGGGAGUGGAUUAACAGAACGUUUCCAAAUGUCUCCUAGUAGUACAUACAAUCUUUUGUGCAAGAUAUUUUGACGUCACUUUCUGCUUCGUUCAUAAAGUUGUCUCUCUCCAGAGCUGCAGGCAAGGUUUAAAGUAUAAUUUAUAAAGACUCACAUACAAAAAUCAGUGCUGAAUGAAGUGGCAUUUAAUAUCUAGAGGCCAUUUUGAUCCGAGAAGUUACUUCAGUGUCAAAGAAGUUACUUCAGUGUCAAAGUCAAUAUGCAGCACAUGAAGUUUUUCCAUAGACAAACAAGGGUGUAAUAUGAAAGCUGCUUUUUUUAAAGAGUAAAAGCACAUUCCAUGUACGUAAAUGAAUUUAAGAUAAGUUGAGGUGAACAGUUAAGAGGUUUUAUUUUUAGAACAGCAAGUUAACUGUAAAUAUUUUAAUGUUAGUUUGCUCAUCUGUGAUCUGAGAUCAAGCUGAAGUAAGAAAAACAUCCCCCAAACUAAAUUUCAUACAUUGGGGAAAAAAAAAAACCUAAAAACAGGAAUUCCAGCUACAAUCUUCAGAUCACCCUUGCAAUGUGUUAUGGGUCCAUUUUUUCUGGAAUAGCUUAAACUGAAGCAGUUUCCCCUGUUUUGGAGAUUUUGUAGUUUAUUUUAAUUUUGGCUAUUGUUUGGAAAAGAUGGGCUGUCUGUGUAGAUAUGAAGUAUAGUUUUUCCAUAAAACAGAUGUUUAUUUUGUAUUAAAAAUACCACUGUACUUGUUUUACACCAUUUGUAUACAUGUGGUGAUAUUAAUGCUGAACUGUAAAAUUCGGGAAUUAAAAUGUGACCCUGUAAUUCUA